AUGGUAGACUCGGAGUAUGAUUAUUUGCUAAGAAUAAUUAUAGUUGGAGACACCAAUGUCGGUAAAUCAAGCUUGAUGACAAGGUUUGAGAAAAACGUUUUCUAUCCUGAUGACUGAAAUUUAUUCCCAAGCUCUUUUAUGAACAAAUAUGAACAGUUUGAUGAUUGUUUUGUAAGGAUGAUGAUCUGAGAUGGAAGCAAAGCUAGGAGAUAUAACGAUCUCCCAACGGUUGGCUUUCUAGAUAAAGAAAUUAUAAUGCUAGUCUUUGAUUUAUCAAGUCGAGAAACCUUUAAUCAUGUUGAUUUAUGGCAUACUAAAGCUCAAAAAAACACUCAAAAAAGCACAGUUUUUGUAUUAAUUGGUAAUAAAAAUGAUUUGCCAAGAGAAGUGAGUGAUGCAGAAGCAAGGCAAAAAGCAAGGAUGAUGUCAGUGACUUAUGUAGAAACUAGUGCUAAAACUGGAGAAAAUAUACAUACAGCUUUUAGAAUAAAUACAGAAGAAGCAAUUCAGAAUAUUCGAAGAAAUUAUGAUAAACUAAUAAAAAAAUAA